AUGAUAGUUGCUCUACGGUUUCCUAUCAAACGGUCAAUGCGAUACCUCGGCGUUGAGAUCGACACGCAGCUCUCUUUCACCAAACACAUACAACAGGCCUCCCGCAAGGCUACCGACUCAGCGAAAGCCAUAGCCAGACUGAUGCCCAACCUCGGUGGACCGUCGCAAAGCAAAAGAGCGCUUCUUGGCACUGUGGCAAACAGCAAGAUGCUGUACGCCUCGCCGACCUGGGCCAUUCGUGGGACAAAAACGGCUAAGAAUGGCGCAGAACUGGCAAGAGCGCAGAGGACCGUUGCACUCCGCAUAAUACGUGCCUACAGGACAGUCUCGGCCGACGCCUCGUCAGUAUUGGCUUCAAUGCUACCGGCAGACCUGCUAGCAACAUAA